AUGUCGAGUCCUGCCGAUUCAAAGGCCCCAACGUCGGCUUUUGAGAGCCCCACGUUUGGCGAGGACAGCUCUUUCCAUGUAGAGCAGCCUGUAGGCUCAGCGUCCAUUUCGCCCUGUGGUCGAGACGUGGUUCUAGCCUCUAGAGAGGGUCUCCAUAUCAUCGACCUUGACUCACCAUAUUCACCGCCUCGGUACCUUCCACACCAUACGCCUUGGGAGGUCGCCGAUGUUCAAUGGUCACCUUUUUCGCAUAGAGAUUCCUGGGUCGUUAGCACCUCGAAUCAAAAGGCAUUGGUGUGGAACCUAUCCAUGAAGAGUUGGGAAAACUCUAUAGAAUACGUCUUGCAUGCACACUCACGUGCUAUCACCGAUAUCAACUUUUCUGCCCACCAUGCCGAAAUCCUCGCUACGUGUGCAGUUGACAGCUUCGUCCACUGCUGGGAUCUUCGAACACCGUCCAGGCCUGUCGUCUCGUUUUCCGACUGGUUCGCCGGCGCAACUCAAGUCAAGUGGAACCGCCAGGAUCCUCAUGUGGUUGCAAGUUCACACGACAAAUAUCUACGAAUCUGGGACGAUCGUAUGGGAGCAAUACCGCUCAAAUCUAUUGAAGCUCACAGCACAAAAAUUUAUGGUGUCGAUUGGGAUCGCACACGCCGGGAAGGUAUUGUUACAUGUUCACUGGAUAAAACGAUCAAAGUCUGGAACUCCGAGGGUGAAGCAGACGUUCCUGAGAAGGUCAUUGAAACACGGUUUCCAGUUUGGCGUGCAAGGAAUACACCAUUCGGCUGUGGGAUCCUCGCUAUGCCUCAACGAGGCGACAAUGAUCUCCAUUUGUAUGGUCUCAGCUCAACAGAAGAUCCAUCUGUUCAUACUAUGCCCCUUGUUCAUAGCUUUCCUGGGCACAAAGGACAAGUCAAAGAGUUUUUGUGGAGACCGAGAGGAAAUGUUGUGAAUGGACUAGAUCACCGAGAGUUCCAACUAGUGUCGUGGGGUGCAGACAGAGAGCUAAGACUACACCGAGUUGAUGCGGAUAUUCUUCGCGACGUUGGCUACGAGAACGGAAAGACUGUUGAUUAUAGCAUGCGAUUCACUCGACAAGGCGCUACAUAUAAAACUUUUCGUGAUGAACCAAAUGACGAAAAUCUCGAGGACUCUUUGUACGCAGAAACAGUGAUCUCGGCCGGCACACGGCCUCAGGUUGGUGCUGGUGUUGGGACGAAUAAUGUGUCUACACGUUACUCUCGUGUUAUCAAUCAUAAGAUUCACAUUGAAUCCAGGAUUGGCAUGCAGGGACGCACACAAAUUCGGGCCAAUACUAACCCGAUCGCUUGGAUGCGGGGUGUAAAGAUUUCUGUCUGGGACGUCGAAACGUUAGGUGACGAGAUCACACAUGUGGGCGAAAAGUUUUCCAAAGUAGAUUUCGAGACAGUGGAUGUUCGUCAAAGAAAAGUGACAAUCUCCUUGCAUGGGCCCUGGGCAGCAGAAGGAACCUCGCUCUUUCUCAAACUCGAUAUCAAAUUCCCGGAAGAUUAUCCGCGCUCGGCCAUACCUACUUUCAAAAUUCAAAAGACCUCUGCCAUGACAAACGAGCUAUCGGAAAAGAUAGUAUCUGAGCUGCGAACAAUCUCGGAGACAUACAUGUCUCGAAAACGGGGAUGUCUUGAAGGUGCACUUCGUUAUCUUCUCGGAGAAAGCAGUCUCGAAGAGAGCAUUGCUCUGGUACUCGGGGAGACUAUUGAUACCAUCAAGUCCCCAGUUGCGGGACUAGAGGACGACGAGUCCAGCGAUGAGGAUGAAGACGUUGGUCAAUUUGAUAAACAGGAUCUCAGCAUGAGUUCUGAGUUGCUGCGCCCUAUCAAUGCCAAUGUCAUGGUCCCUGUUGCUAAGGUCUGCGGUGCUACCUGGAGCCACGACGGUCGCCUCGUCUGCUUUUUCCCGCCGAAGAAAGACAAGCCUGGUUCUCUAUUCGACUCCCUUGGCUUCAAGGACAUAAGUCGGCUCACCCGUAAUGAUAGGGUCUUCGAGGGAUUCGGCCGCUUGCAUACAAGCUCGCCUGGCCGCCUACCCACCAGAAAAGCACUUGGCACAAUGAGUACAACCGAUGAUGGCGGCUCAGAUUACUCUGACGACUCAGAUACGGCUUCAUCAAGCUCGUCUGAUUCCUCAGGCAUGAUACUUGGCUUACCCAAUCGAUAUCAGACCGCCUCUAUGUGGCGUAGUGUUGGGACCCUCGGUACCUAUCGUACAAGAUCCGCUGACAAUUCCCAAUUAUCUACAGUUGGUGGACCCGCAGUCACCAUCGGUACAGUGAAAUCGUCAGACUCCGCACACAACAUCAUUGCCAUCCACGAUUUUAGUGACUUACUGCCUGCAAAGAGAGCCUUGGCUGGUCAGUACAAGAUAUUCGGACGCGGUGCUGAUGUUUGUGCGCAUAACGCAGCAGUGGCUGCGGACUCGGGAUAUCAUCAUCUAGCCCAGGUCUGGGGCUUGUUAAAACUGGUCCUACAAAACCAUGGCGAUUCACGAUCUCAGCAUAUAAACACGGACGUCCUUGCGGGGCGAUUGGGGGGCCAAGUGGCGUAUAAUUCCAUUAAGACGAAGCAAGCUUCGAAAGGGGUGCUACAUCGAUUUGGUUUCAACAAUAGCGCCUUCGGAGGCCGCUGGCUAAUCAAUGCGCUCUUUGACCACUUUGAACAAGUAGGAGAUGUUCAAAUGCUCGCAAUGCUUUCUUGCAUUCUUCAUGAGCAAUCUUUGCGCAAUCGAUUCGGUCGGCGACGAGACAAGGAAGUAUCCUUCAGUCAGCAAGCACAUAGUCCGAUUGCUUUGGACUUCUUCUCUUCGAAAGUCCCUGAUAGCAAGUCUCAGGCUGCGACUCCAAUGACCUCAUACUCGAGAGAUAGCGUCAAUAUCAGUGCGCUACAAAGUCCUGAGAUUCAAGCCGAGCAGUGGAACAGUAUGGGCACCACACCGCAUUCCAGCUCAGCGUCUCCUAUUGCAACACAUUCAAGGCUAUUAGGAGGCAAGACCCCUGCACUCUCUAUUUCCGCGUCACCAGAUAGUCAUGGUCCAUCCCGACUUGGUUCAGGAGUGGGUACGGCACUUGCAUCGUCGUUAUCACGAUCAUUCACAUUUGGCCCUUCUGCUGCCUCUUCGCCGCCAACAACAAGUGCUAAGAAAAAGACCAGUCCAAUAGGAAGCCUGAACAUUCCAGCGGCGGUCGGAUGGAGUGCUUCUCAACUGCUGAACAGAGCUGUCUCAGCGAUACCAGAAUACCUCAACUCUUCGAUGGUGAUUACAUCAAGAAGUCAUUCGGAGGCGGAUAGCGAAAAGAAGAAAGAUGCACGUAAACCGAUGAGGCUUCAUGUAUCACACAAGAAUCGCACCGCGUUUGACGCGGAUGAUUCUCCGGCCAGUCCGUUCAUCGACCGCAAAAGAGAAGCAUUGUUUCAAACAUACCGCAACUCAUACGCUAAUUUACUUUUUGUCUGGGAACUACCAAUCCAGCGGAGCGAGUGGGACAACGUCAAAAUCAAACACCCAAGCAGCUGUCGUCAUUCGAAACUCGUGGUCAAGAAGAUACGUCAGGUGAUACUCUCGAUGUCCAACGACACUGUGCUGAGUGCGGGCAUGCCCUCUUCAGAUCUGUUUUCUCUUCUGUUAAGCCAGAAGAUUUUAGUGGCAAAAUGGUGA